AUGAAUGCUACUGCUGCUGUUAAAGAGGUAUUCGACAAGGUGAAGAAUGACUCUAAUGAUGUUACCUACCUCAUGCUGGCCACCAUGAGUUCAGAAUUGCAAAAGCAGUUCGUGGAUAUGGAGGCUUAUGAUAUUAUGGUGCAUCUUAAGGAAAUGAUGGCUCAGGGCACUUCAGUAAGUGCCCAUGUGCUCAAGAUGAAGGGGUAUAUUGAUAUGCUCGAGAAACCUGAUGCGCCGAUCCAAAAGAAACUUAUGGUGGAUCUUUUCUUAAGGUCCUUGGCAGAUAGUUAUGAUCAGUUUGUCAUGAACUAUAACAUUCAUGGUAUGGAUAAGACAUUUGCCAAGCUGCAUAGGAUGCUUAAAAAUGCUGAGCAGAGUAUCAAGAAAUCUAUCCUGGUGCUUACGAUACUGAAGGACAAGGACAAGAGUGGAAAUAGGAAGGGUAAAGCCAAGUUCAAGCCCAAGGAGAAGGUUGGACCUUAA